CAGUGGCAGCGGCGGCGGCGGCGGUGGCAACGGCGGCGGUGGCAGCUCCUCGGACAUAUCCAAGGAUCACUGCAAUAAAACGGUGGACAUAUUCGAGGACAUCAGCUCGCCGGAGGUCAGCAAUCAGAAUCUGGGACGACCGCUCACCUGCUGGUAUCGUUUUCGCACCCUAAAAGGCGCUCCGCGCGACUUCGUGCUCCGGCUGCGCUUUAAGAAGUUCAAAGUGGGCCAGCUGCUCAAUGCCACCCACUGCGAAGGUGGCUACCUGCAGAUUGUUGAUGGCAAUGCCAAAACAGACGUAUCCAAUCGCCGGGAGCCAGGCAUGUUCUGUGGCGAAGCCGAGCAGCCCCAGACAUUCAUCAGCGAAACGAGUUAUGUAAAGGUGCUCUUCCACACGGACAACUUUACAGAUCAGACCUACUUCACAUUCGAUUCACGCGCCGAACAGCAAACCGAAGUCUAUUUACGCUAUGGCCAGCAUCCGGAAUUAUAUCCAAAUCGACGUGGCGAAGUUGUGCAAGGAUCCUACUGCGAACGCGAAUAUCGGGAUUGUCGCCUGCAAACCUGCUACGUGCAGUCCCCGGCAUAUCCGGGCCUCUAUCCCCGGGCCCUCAACUGUCGCUAUAAAUUGCACACGCGACAGCCGUACAUCAAAUUAUAUCUGCAGAACGAACAGUUUGCGGUCGAUGGCCAGAGAUGCGAGAACGUGAUGACCUGCCCCAUCAGGCCCAUAGGGUCUGGUAACGAGCACUGCCCCUACGAUUGGUUAGCCGUUUAUGACGGACGCGAUGAGCAUUCGCCGCUGAUAGGCAAAUUUUGCGGUCUGGGCAAGUUCCCAUUCAGCAUUAUUGGCACUUCACAAUACAUGUACGUGGAGUUUGUAACAUCACCGGCGGGUCCGCUGCUCAAUACCGGCUUUCAUUUCAAUGUUGGCAACUGGCCAGGCCAUGUGGAGACUGCGGGUAUAAAGCACGGCGUCUGCGACUGGCUGCUCAGCUCCGAUUCGCUGAAGGACAGCAGUGCCAGCGAGGGCAUAUUUCUCAGCAUCGCACACUGGUAUCCACCGAACACCUCCUGCAGCUAUCACAUCAAAGGACAUCCCGGCGAAAUUGUGCGACUGUAUUUCCCGAGUUUUCGCAUCAAUCGCAUUGAAUCGCCCAUAUUGAAGUACGAGGGAGACUGCGGCGAGUCGCUGACUAUAUACGAUUCGGAUCAUGCGGAUCCUGCGCGCAUAAUCAAAACCUUCUGCGACACCUUCUCACGUCCCAUGGAGAAGGUGGACUUUGUGAGCACCAGCCCCUCGCUGUACGUUCAGUUCGACUCCAAGACGGGCAGCUAUAGCGGCAGCUCGCUCUAUUACUGGGCGCACUACGACUUCUUCAACAACACACGCUUCGGUGAUCCGGUGCCCAACACGCUCUGCGACGAGAUAAUGUACGCGUGGAAGCAUCCCGGAGGACGCCUGCGCUCUCCGCUCAACUCGCUCAUUUUCAAGCGAACCGGCGGCAGCGAUGUGCGCUGCCAAUACAAGUUUGUGACGGAUCGUCGACUCUAUGCCAGGGCAAUUAUCGAGGUGAACUCGGUGUCCUUCAAGGAGCUGCCUUACAACAGCAACGCGUGCACGCGCUGUCACGAGGAGCGAGUGGACAAGCUGGUUAUCUGGGAGGAGCGCGACAAGUUCCAAAACAACUUGGCCUGCUUCUGCGACAACAUACCGAGGGCGGUGCGUGUUAUAUCCUCGGCGGAUCAAAUGAAUCUCGAGAUGAUUGUGCAGGGUCAGCAUGCGAUUACCUCGUACUUUAAGAAUCCCAAUCCAUUGUUCGAAGCGACCUAUGAGUUUGCGCAUGGUCCGCUUUGUGGACCCAUCACCUUGGGCCCCUCACCUGAUGGCGAACUCGUCUUUCCCUACAAGAAGGCACUGGCCAUGGUGGCCGGGCCUAUGGCACCACCGGAGCACCAUUAUCGCCGGGAGAAGUGCAUCUGGGAACUGAAGGUGGCUGCUCAGCGGGAUUUGUGGCUUAAUCUGGAAAAGGCUCGGUUUGCUGAGCGCAGCUGCGAAAGCGCCAAAAUUGAGGUUUAUUUGGCCGGACGCUUGGAGCCGCGUUUCGUGGUUUGCCCAGAGAAUAUCUCGCUGGCCAGAGAUCUGCCCAUACUGACCACAGCUGAGCUCGGCGCCACGGGCGCAGAUCAGGAGCCACUGCCGGUGCUCAUUCAAUACACGGGCGACGGCCAGCCAGGCAAGAACAUCUUCCGACUGGUCUGGACCGAGCUGUUCCACUUGCCCCGCAAUCCCGACGGUAGUCUGGCUGCGUCUCUGUUGCAGGACGGCGGCUGUGACUUCCGCUGUCCUGGCGACACCCAGGUCUGUAUUCCACGACAUCUGCUCUGCAACGGCAUCGCCAACUGUCCCAAUGUGACGCACACCUCGACGUUGGCCCAACUAACGCGGCACAUUGAGUGGAAUCUGGAACAGCUCGGCCUGCUACACCACGCCGGCGAGUACCGCCAGCUCGUCCUCCACGAUGAGUCCCCAGAGAUUUGCUUGCGACGCGAUCUCAGCGAGCUGCCCUAUGGCAAGCUCGCACUCAUCACGCUUGGCAUCUGUGCGGUAUUUGCUCUGCUGAUUGCCAUCUUGCGACGCAUGUGCCGCGGGGCGCCGAAGCAGCAGGGACUACAACACUUGCAGGAGGAUUACUAAGAUGCACAUCUCUGCCAGGUUUGGUUGAAUUUUCUGCAAAGUGCAGUCGAAAUUUGUAUCAAAGCUCUAUUCAAGGACUUGGUAUACAUUUGAAACUGGGAGUUAAAGAUGGAUUUUGAUUUCAGAGAAUAUUAAAUAGCUUAUAAUACUGAA